AUGCAGCAUCCGUUUUCGCUGAAAGAAGCUAAGCAUGGUGAAAAUACGGUGUGUACGAUAAUGGCAGAAAUGUCGUGCGGUAGCGAUGUUUUGAUCGGUGAACGGUGCUUCUCGUACGAUGCUGAUGCUAGGUUUCAAUUCGCAGAUGAGAAAUGUAAGAUGAAUGAAGGGAGCGAGCUGCAUACGGUUACGAGCACUUUUGAGCAAAAAUGGAUCUCAACUUUCUUCUCGAGCUAUGGUAUGAUGUGGGUGAAGAACAACGCAACUGAGCUCAGUCAAUUGCUGGUGGAGGAUCUCGGCGAAGGAAGAGCUCUGGGAAACAAGGAAGCUCGAAUCGAGGAGAAGCCGGUCAAACAGUACGUAAUCGUACUGCGUAAAGGAACAGUUUCCCAUCUAAGACCGGGAUCCCUUGUUCCUGCGCAUGUUCAUCAAUCUUUCAUUCACGAGUAG